ACAAACCACCACGCCACAUGACAAGUUUCCGAAAAUCAAGGUUCCUCUGUUCGAUGGGGAAAAUGUUACGGACUGGCUAGAAAAAUAUGAGUUGAAUGCUCAUGUGCGUCAAUGGACUGAAUGAAAGAUGUUGGAAGUAGUAAAACGUUAUGUGCACGUUGAUCUUGCAGAAGAAGUUGGCAAGAUGGCGUGUAGGACACGAAUCUGGAAAACAUUCCGUGAACGAAUAUUGGAAAAGUACCAGCUAGGAGACGGAUUGUUUGACGUCUCUGACCUUCGUAAAGUGAGUCGGGAGAAAUUUGGGACGAUCGAAGGGUUCCUAAACAGGUUUGAGAAGGUAGCUAAGAGGGUUCUCAAUCUUCCCGAUAAGACGAAAUGCAUUAUCUUUCUGAUCAACUUCACGGAAGUCGAGCAAAGAGAAUUGAUGAAGGGUUUUACUACCAGGUAUGACUGGGAUAAGAUUAAGGAGAAUCUUAAGGUCGGUGACUUCGACCAAAUGCUCUUUCAUCUCUUGCGCAGGCAAAGGAAAAUGCAGGAGGAUGAGUUAGUAAGUUGUGAUAAGGAUAAGGAGAUGUUCGGGGCGGUUAUGGAUGUUAGGAUGAUAAUGAAAGAAAUAAGGAAGGAGGGACUGUGUGGCAAGGUAGUGAUUGUGAGGCAACAAGACGGCAAGAGAAAAGGAAAAGAGAGGGAAGAAGAGUCCGACGAGGAAGAUAGUGAAAAGGAAGAAGAAGAAGAACCUCCUCGGAAAACAACGAAGGCCGAACGAAAGGGCAUGAAUCAAACUCGGGGAGGGCAAGGUACGAAUGGAAAACAAGCCAAGAAUAAGAAUGGUCAUGGGAAUGAUAACCGUGAUACUAUCAAUCAGCAUCAGAGACAAUCUCAAGAUGCCGAGCCCCGACAAUUUCGGCCGCAAGGCGGAGGAGGCCAGGGGCAUGGUCGGGGAGCUUCUGGUGGUCGCGGUUACGGUAAUAAGGAUUGGAAUUAUAACUACUCUGCACAAAGAGGGCACGGUGUCCGAUAUUGUCAGACCCUUGCUAAAGAUGAGGAGGAUCGGAUUGUGUACACGAACAUUCGAGGAGAGGUGUUCGAUUUCGAAGGGAACCUUAUCGAUUCAUACAUAGAAGGAGGAAUGAGGAAGGAAGCAUUUCGACGCAUGAACCGGACUAUGCCCUGCACUUACCGGUUGGCCUCGAAAGAGGAAACGAAGAUUCUUGAGUCUAGAGAGACUGCACGCCAGACAAUUGUUAGUAAACGUGAUGUUAGUAAGGGAAAGACCAAAAAGGAGAGGACUAUGCGAAAAGCCUUAAGCUCGAGAAGCGAUUUAGAGACAUUUGGGGGCCAAGUUAUGAGACUAGGUCUCGACAUGGAAAGAGUUUGGUCGGGCGUACCAAAUAUGUUUCUGCUUGGUGGACACGACGGGAGAAGGGGCGUGGUCUUAAGCUCGAGAAUCUUUGAGUGACCUACUCCGCUUAAGUCUGUUAGUGA